GCAAUAGACGAUCGUUAAUGUGAGUUUGUGCGCAGCGCCCCCUUGUGUCCGCCUAGCGGCACUACAGGCUCCUCGCAUAUCCUGUUUCUCUGACUCAGACGGUGAUGGCUAUCGGGAGAGGAGGUUAGCUGACCUGCGCUGCAUAGAUGCCCGCACUGCUGGACAAAACUGAAAUCAAGGACAGACGGCCGGUGGUCUCCAGCCAUGGACGGGUUUGCGGGGGACAUGCUGAGCGGGGGCCGCGCUCUGCUCGGGGAGGACAGCUCGGUCAUGGCCCGCAUGCAGAAGAAGUUCUGGAAGACCAAGCAGGUCCUCAUCAAAGCCACGGGCAAGAAGGAGGACGAGUACGUGGUGGCUUCAGAUGCAGACCUGGAUGCCAAGCUGGAGUUCUUUCGCUCCAUUCAGUCCACCUGCACCGAGCUGCUGAAGGUGAUAGAGAAGUACCAGCACAGAAUCACUCGUUUGUCCCAGGAGGAGAACGAGCUGGGCCUCUUCCUACGCUUCCAGGCUGAACACGAUCGUACGAAGGCAGGCAACAUGAUGGAGGCCACCAGCAAGGCCCUCUGUGCCUCCGCCAAGCAGAGGAUGGCGCUGUGUCCCCCGCUGCAUCGCAUGCAUCAGGAAGUGGAGACGUUCCGGCGGCGUGCCAUCGCCGACACGCUGCUGACGGUCAGCCGUAUGGAGAAGGCCCGUACGGAGUACCGAGGAGCUCUGCUCUGGAUGAAGGACGUGUCUCAGGAACUGGACCCAGACACCUACAAACAGCUGGAAAAGUUCCGCAAGGUCCAAGCCCAGGUCAGAGGGACAAAGGGCCAGUUCGACAGGCUGAAGAAUGAUGUCUGUCAGAAGGUGGACAUGCUGGGAGCGAGUCGCUGCAACAUGCUGUCCCACUCCCUCUGCACGUACCAGACCACUCUGCUGCAGUUCUGGGAGAAAACGGCCCACGCCAUGUCAGGAAUCCACGAGGCCUUCCUAGGACACGUACCAUACCAGUUUACCACGCUCAAGGACCUGCGGGACCCCCUGGAGCAAAUAUCCGAGUCACAGAACCAAGAGGAGAAGAAGGAGAAGGCUCUGCAGAGCAACACAGACAGUCUGGUGUCCUUGGAUGAAGACAAACCUUCAGGAAGUGUCUGUGAUGCAGACCUGAGCGGCAGCAGUGAUGGGCGGGGCCAUGGCAGUGAUGGGAGGAGCCAGUGCAGUGGUGGGCGGGGCCAGGUCAGUGACGGAGAGCACCUUUUGGUCCCAGCUCCUGCAGCCCUGGACCAGCUCAGGAGCAUGUCUGCAGACUCUAACGACGACCCCCUGCUCAUGGCCUGCGACGUACACCUUCCAACAAAUCCCCCCCUCCAGCCCCAGCUCCUGCCUCCUAUGCAGGCUGGAGACCAGAAUGAGCUCUAUGGCCUCCAGUCCAGCCUGUCAGAGCUGCUUCCUACUGCUGGUGGUCUGCCGCCCUCCUCUGAGGCCGGUCUAAGAGUGGAGGAGGAAGAUGGUUACCGUGGUGACAUGGCUUUCCUCAAAGACCUACUAAGCCCAGGUCCAGGAGCCGGCGACGAGUUCAGCAGAGAAUGGCAGGACGCUUUCGGGAUGUUCGAACCCCCCGGCGUCCCGGAGAAGGAAGCAGGAAGCAGCGGGUCGGCGGCGUGUCCCACCUCGAACCCCCCCAGCCCCACCGGCUUCCUGCCGUCCCAGCUGCUGGACCACAGUCUGAGCUCCACAGGCUGGGUGACCCCACCCAUGUUCCAGGCUCCGCCCCUCCAGCCUCCACUGGGUCAGAACCAGUCAGCUCCUCGGACUCCAAGUUCAGCAGCUAACGCUUCCGGAGGAUCCAAAGACAUGUCUGCGUGGUUCAACCUGUUUGCAGACCUCGACCCUCUUUCAAACCCCGACGCCAUCGGACGCUCUGCAGACCAGCUGCACAACGCCUGAACGUCUGCGUGCGUGUGCAGCACUUUUUUUCUUUCCUCCCUCACCUCUUGUUUCAUUAAGACAAAACAUAGAUUUUAUGCACACACACACACACACACAUCUUUAGCCGAGUACUAAAACACACCGUGUUCUAUUUUCCACUGUCAGCUGACAUGAUUGUUAAACUGUCCUCAGUGUCUCAGCCGCGCUGUAAGACUGUUACACUACCUGCCAAGCCACUGGCACGUGCACACACACACACAUCUUUAGCCGAGUACUAAAACACACCGUGUUCUAUUUUCCACUGUCAGCUGACAUGAUUGUUAAACUGUCCUCAGUGUCUCAGCCGCGCUGUAAGACUGUUACACUACCUGCCAAGCCACUGGCACGUGCACACACACACACACACACACACCAAACCUCGUGGGGCAGCUGGCUCAUCAUUGCAGUUUCUGGUGGUGCAGAGAAGGUUUGGCUUCCAGGUGUGUGUGUUUCUGUUUGACCCAUGGAGUGUUUGGGUGUGUCCUGUUAGAGAAACAUUUGUGGUUGUUUAAAUGCAGGAGGUCACAGCAUGUAAACGUCCUAACACAGGGCGAGACGUGUGGACGGAUCUGGCAGCAGCAGGUGAUGCUGCAGCUGCACCAGAGGGGGGGGCACUCAUCUCAAGGCGUCAUGGUGGCGUUCUUUUUACCUGGCAAGGUUACCGUGGCAACUGAACUCAUAACGUGCUCCAGAGAAGUUUUGGUUUAAAUAGUCUCAGUGAUUGAUGUGAUGAUUUCCAGUACUGGAAGUUUAGGUUUCAUCGAAGCUUUAUUGACAUCAUAUUUAACCAUAAAAACAGCUCAUUUCUGCAUCUUUUCAUCAUUUCAUUCAAUAUUUGAUUCAGAAACUGAUUUUAAUCUCAAUUAAAAACUAAAAUCUGUUUGAUAUUGACUCAUGAUGAGGAAUUAAACUUCCAAAUCUGCUGAGCUUUGCAGCUACAGUAAGUUGUUUGUUACCAUGGAAACCAUGCUUCUGGUCAGAGAAGCAAAAUUAGGCAUUUAUAUUUUAAUAUCCUCCUGAUUUGUCAACAGUGUCCAUCCUUUGCUGCUGAUAAUCUGCUCUAUCACAGGUUAGAAAAUGGAGCAAAUAUCAGAAUAUAAACCAAUAAAACUGGCUUUGAUCUAACGUGCACACUUUCUUUGUUAUCAUGAGUCUAACUGGACUAAAUCCACUUCUAACCGACUUAAAGUUUAGGACUUUUUAACUCGUUUACACAUCAUUGUUUGUUGUUUUUUCUGUUAUCUUUAUAUUUUCACCCCUCUUCCAGCGCACCUCUCUGGAGUCCGUAUCCAGACGCAAAGUUAGCUGUGAGCUUUUAAAAGGAGGUUUUCUCAUUUUGCAGCUGUUUUUCAUCCUUGCUAUAUAUGAUGAACCAUCCAGAUGUCCCCAACGUCACGGUUGAAGAUGUGGAAUGUCUGUCAUGAUGCACAAUCCUGACACAAACGCAGAAGCAACAGUCCGGUGUUAGCAUGCUAGCAGGAAACUUAGCACAAUAAAUAUUUCCAAUAAAGAAUAAAUGUUUAUUCACACUGACUGUAUCUGAAAAAUUGAAACUAACCACGCAGAUAGACAGGUGGUAAAUAAUAAUUGUAGUUGCAGAUCCAUUCUGUAAAUGCAAUCAGGUAACCCCAUGCUAACAGUAGCAUGCUAACAGUAGCAUGCUAACACAUUGAUGAUUGACAGCUGAAACCUUUACCUUGAUCUCAUUGUUAGCCUGUUAGCAUGCUAACUCUUCUAAUGAAAAGAAGCAGAUACAGUUUGAUGCUGCCAGUUUGUGAAUUUACCUUAAUUAUUUUGACUUUUUUUGGCUAGUUAUACAGAAUUUGUGUUUAUAGAAAUAAAAUGUGUGAUUAAUCUUAUAAUAAAGUGUUUCCCCACAGUUCAACUGGCAAAGCUGGAGAACCAGUUGAUGAAAGCAGCAGCCUAAAUUCAUGGUUCGUGGUACAGACAGCUGGUACAGCUGAUUUAGCUAAAUAACGCGGUAAACUGGGUUGAUCCCUAAAGUUUAAUCUAGUUUCUAACGGGAAUUAUGCACGGAAGGCGAGCGGCGGAGCUAGAAUAUUCUCCUUUAAAUCGUUAUCUCGACAUAACGAGGACCGUUUUCUGGAGAUCAGGAGAACAUUGAGAUGGGUUCAGUCAUGGUGGAGAUGUGUAGUUCUGUAAACGAGUAUUAGUUUAAAAACAGACUUGACAAAUCGGACGUAUUGAUCCGUGAUGGAGGUUCCUCUCGCACCCGUUCGUUGUUAGCGCAUUAGCAUGCUAACUUUUCUCAUCAAAGUGAAGCGGAAACGUGCUGUGAUCAUCAUAUAAACCGUUUAUUUAGCUGAACGAGGCGAUGAUACCUAGAAAAUCACGCGAUCCCAGACAGGGAAGACGUGUGAUGGUCAUAUGAAGUCUGACCAUCAGGCAAGUACUGCGCAUGCGCUGUAUUUACCCUGUAAACAUACCGCUGACUGUAAUCUAGUUUUACUUAAUUAACUGAGUUGAUAUAUUUCUGUAUGUGUUGGUGUGAAUCAGCCCAUCGUCCUGGCAGAGUAUGCAGAAUUAAAAGCAGGUUAAAUAAAAAGCAGACGGUUUUCUGGCUUUUGUUAGUUUCUAUAAAUCCUUAUCCAAGAUCUCAAACUAGGCUGGUAAAAAUAGGGUCUGUAAGGAAAUCUGUUUUUAAUUGUUUUUAUAAUCAAAAGUCCAAAACCACGAAAUAUGUAAAGGCUUGAUUUUGUUGUCUGUUGGGGAAAAUGUUUGUUUUCAUUGGUUGUAAAAAUCCUUUUAUUAUCUGAUGCAUCAAAAUUGUAAUUAUUUUCUAAUUAUAUCACAGUAACUAAAACUUUUCUCCCUUUGAUGGUGCAGUUUACUGUAAUAUGGUGACUUUUAUCUCUGUGUUGUGAGAAUGUACAUUUUUUUUUUUUUUUUUGAAACAUCAAGCAUCAACUCUGGAGAACUGUUACCACGGCAACAAAAUGGACUUCUCCUCGGAUGCUGAUUUAGUUCCCACUGAGAGGAAAAACUCUAACAUGCCUCUAAACUGAUAAAUGGCAAAGUUUGUGGAUUUUAUGGAAACAUGAAGCUGCUGGAGUUGAGUCCCACAUGCACUUUGUAAAACUGAAUCUGUGCCUGUAAAAUCCCACUCAGAAGCCACGGUGAUCCGGGUGGACCAGGAUGAGCUGUUCCUUCGAACACCCCUCCUGUUACCUGCUACAUGUUUAAAUAAGCAUUUUAUUUAGUUCUGUCACAUAAUGCAUCGUUUCACAUGUCAAAGAAUGUAUCUGAAGUCAAAUCAAGAUGCUUUAUUUAAUUCAACUAUGCCUUUAUUUCACUCAAAGGGGUUAAAAGAUGAAAACUUGGCAGUUCGAUUUCCAAUAAAGUGGACGAGCAAGAAAUCGUGUUUUCUUUGAAUCGAGCUUGGUUCCAAAAUGCAGUUUAUUAGAGGCAACGAUGCAUCGAUUUAAUGAUCAACGAGCCCAUUGCAUCGAUUCUUAACCCUCUAAUGCAGUUUUUUGGCACAAUCCCUAAAUUCAUUCCUCUGAUUUAAGGAGGAAGCCUGCAGGGAACCAAUCACAAUGCUUUCAUCUGUCACAUGACUCAGGAAGCCAGACUGAAACCCCAGCUGCACAAAAAGGGUCUAAAAACAUCUUUUUCUGUCUG